AUGGCUUCUACCGCAGUACUCACGACAGCCGAGGCGCAGACCCGCCGUCGCGAACAAUACCAUGAGGCCGACGUCGUGGUUGUAGGAGCUGGUGUAUUCGGCUGCGCCAUGGCUUUUGCUCUUGCGAACCAGGGCCGAUCCGUCAUCCUCCUCGAGCGAUGGCUCAAGGAGCCCGAUCGCAUUGUUGGCGAACUUCUACAGCCCGGCGGUGUCGCUUCCCUACAAAAACUCGGCCUCGGUCACUGUCUCGAGGGCAUUGACGCUGUGCCUUGCUACGGAUACACUAUCUUCUACCAUGGCGAGAAGGUCCUCGUUUCUUACCCCGGUCUCGACGAUAGCGGCAAUGUUACACAUGCGUGGGGAGGUCACAGCACAGGAGACAAGAGACCGUCUGGGUGCAGCUUUCACCACGGUCGCUUCAUCAACAAGCUACGAGAGUCUUGCAUAAACCACAAGAACAUCACCGUUGUUGAGACUGAAGUUGUUAAGACUCUGCGUGGCGAGGCGUCGGAUCAGAUUCUGGGUGUCGAGAGCCGAACCAUGAACAAGCAGACUGGUGUCAAGGAACAGGAUUAUUACUUCGGACAACUCACCGUCAUUGCUGACGGUUACGAUUCCAAGUGGCGCAAGGAGAUUCUAUCCACCAAGCCUAAGGUCUGCUCAAAGUUCUACGCUCUUGAGCUUAUCGAUUGCGAUCUUCCUGAGACUGGUCAUGGACAUGUGAUCAUUGGCAAUGCCUUCCCUAUCCUCCUUUACCAGAUCGGCACUCAUGAGACUCGCGCGCUUAUCGACGUGCCUCAAGGCAUCCCCGAAGCUUCUCCUGAGAAUGGCGGUGUCCGUGGCUACAUCCGCAACUACGUCCUUCCCGCUCUUCCUCCUACUAUCCGACCAUCAGCUGAGAAGGCUCUGGAGGAUGGUAAGAUUCCCCGAAGCAUGCCUAACAGCUGGCUUCCCCCUACAAAACAACGAGCCAACGGAGCAAUUCUCCUCGGUGACGCUAUGAACAUGCGCCACCCUCUCACUGGCGGUGGUAUGACCGUCGCAUUCAACGACGUUGUCAUCCUUUCUGACUUGCUACACCCUAGCAAGGUGUCUGACCUCGGUGAUGCCAAGCUUGUCAACAACGCGCUCGACGAGCUUUACUGGAGACGCAAGCCUUUGACGGGCAUCAUUAACGUUCUUGCCCAAGCUUUGUACUCCCUCUUCGCCGCCAACGACCGCCAACUGCGUGCUCUCCAGCAUGGCUGCUUCAGCUACUUCAAGCGCGGCUCAACCGACGGCCCUGUAGCUCUACUCGCCGGUAUCAUCCAGCGUCCAUCCAUCCUUGCCUACCACUUCUUCUCUGUUGCGUUCCUCGCCAUCUGGCUUAACGCCUGCGCCGUCGUUGGUUGCGGAAUCUUGGGCAUCUUCAAGGCACCUCUCGCCAUCAUCGAUGCCGUCCUUAUCCUAUGGAAGGCAUGCAUCGUUUUUGUCCCUAUCAUGUACCGCGAGACUUUCCAGUAA